GUUGUGACCAACCAGAAGUGUCAACCGCUGGCUACAGAGUUAUCCGGAAACACAGCUGAUGUUUUUAACCUGAAAGCAGCCAGAAAACCCAAUGACCCGAGGCACGACAACUUGACGGCUGCCUUAUACUCACCCGUUGAAGGAUAUGACAAUAAGCACGAUGCAAGAAACAACGGCACAUUUCCGACAGCCUCCGUCCACAACGUAGCUACUUAGCUGAGCUACUGUAGCCGGAAGCUAACAGUGUGUCAGCCUCGUCCUGAGAGUCAUGUUCUGAGCGCGAGCACUCUUCCAUGUGACACCUUUACACUUUCAGCCUGAGCACCCUGGGUGCAGUGUUCAGACACCGACUCGUAGCUGGGCUUCCACCAUCUAAACACGCAAUGUGGCUACAGCAGAGACUAAAGGGGCUACCAGGCUUGUUAUCAAGCAGCUGGGCGAGAAGACUCCUCAUAGGGCUGCUGCUCUUCCUCAUCUUCUACUGGUACCUGGGGGCGGAGCGCAGAUGGAGGUUCUUCGGCGGCUCGGCCAUGCCCGGCGGGGCGGCAGGACAGUGCCUACAGGCGGAAAUCCACAGGUGGAACUCUCUCGUAGAGCGAGGAGAGGGGAUAUACAGCACACCUCAGGAGCAACUAGAUACGCCCUUUGUGUCAGGUAACGGCCAUAUUCUGAUUGACAUUGACUCCAACAAACUGUGGGUAGCGUCCUCUUCACAGCCCGGCUCGGCUCCGGUCCACCAGACUGAAUACUCACCGAGACUGGGCGUCCAUCUCGAGGGGAACCGGGCCGAAGCGCAGGCUGCCAUGCUGUGGUUCCGGAAAGGAGCCGUGCUGUCAGUCCGCUGUGCCUCAGCAGCCGCUCUGCAGUCAGCCCGGGACUGUGUCACCAUCAGAGAGGAGUUCAUCGCACACAGGAGCAGACCUAACGUCUAUCUCCAGCGGAUCCACGUCAACAACCCGUCCGACAGAGCCGCCUCCUUGGACGUUUCCUCUGAAAACCCCUCCUUCGGUAGCAAGUUCUCCACCAGCGUGGAGAAACUGGAGGACAGAGAGAUAGUGCUCUUCUCCGGCAGAGUGCCUGUGGAGAAUAACCGGAUGGUGCUGGUGGUGGUGGUCACCAAGAAGGUGAACAGCAGGUUCCAGGUCUCCGCUAAAUCCGAGUACACUGACAACAUCCUGUCAGUGGUGUGGACCUCGGAGCCCAUCGAGUCCUCCAAGCUGGAGGAGACCUUCAGCACCCUCAGAGACGGAGCCAAAAAGGAGCUGGGGGAGCUGCUGAGGGCCAGCGUGGAUGAGCUGGUCAUAGAUCACCAGCAGGCCUGGAUGGACCUCUUCAUUUCAGGUGUUGAAAUGAGGAAGAUCACAGACUCCCACACGCCGUCGAGCCGCACAGUGAACACCACCCUCUACUACAUCCUGUCCUCCACCACGGCUCCCCUGCUGGAUCGAAGGCUGAGUGGCGAGGAGCGUGCUCGUCUCGAGUCCAGCCUCAACUACGCCGACCACUGCUUCAGCGGCCACGCCACCAUGCACGCAGAGAACCUGUGGCCCGAGCGGGUGAGCAGCGCCGCUCAGAUCCUGCAGCUGGUCACGCUGUGGACCCUGACCCUGCAGAAGAGAGGCUGCAAGGUGCUGGUGGCGGCCGGAGCCCACGGAGCCAUGCAGGGUAUGGUGCUCAGCUUUGGCGGCCUGCAGUUCACCGAGAACCACCUUCAGUUCCAGGCCGAUCCGGACGUGCUGCACAACAGCUACGCCCUGAGAGGGAUCCACUACAACCAGGACCUCAUUAACCUGGCGGUGCUGCUGGACCUGGAGGGGAAGCCUUUUCUCCACGUGUCGGUGAAGCCGCAGGAGAAGCCGGUGAAGCUGUACGCCUGCGAGGCCGGCUGCCUCAACGAGCCCGUGGAGCUGACAUCAGAGAUCAAAGGUCACACCUUCCCGGUCAUGGUGACCCAGCCCAUCACGCCGCUGCUGUACAUCUCCACAGACCUGCGCCACCUGCAGGACCUCCGCCACACCCUGCACCUCAAGGCCAUUCUGGCUCACGAGGAGCACAUGGCCAACAGGUACCCAGGCCUGCCCUUCCUCUUCUGGUUCAGUGUGGCCUCGCUCAUAACGCUCUUCCACCUCUUCCUCUUCAAGCUCAUAUACAAUGAGUACUGUGGCCCCGGCGCUAAGCCCCUCUUCCGGAGUAAGGUUGCCAGCAAAAGUGAGGAUGGCUGCCGCGACAACGGGAAUGCUGCUUGAACACUACAGUGCUAUGUCCACAUUCAACAUGUGGUAGUGGUUCUGCUUGAGCUUUGGUAACAUGGGAGGUAUUAGCAUGGGUGCUUAAUGGCAUCUACUGUGGAGUGACAGCACCCACAGGCCUGCUGUGAGAAGCUGUAGAGGCAUGUAGGGUUAAACUGUCUGUCUUUGUCACCUUGAAACCAAAGAGGGAUUGAAAAAUUAUUGUCAUUAAUUAAACUGCUCAUUUUUCUAAUCGAUUGGUCUAUAAAAAGUUUUCACAGUUUACAUAUUUAAAUCUCUCAUUUUGUCUGAUUAACAGACCAAAACUCAAAUAUACUGUUUAAUAUCACAAGUAUUUACUUUUGCUUAAAAAUUCCUUUAAGGAAGAAUUUGAACUCGACAGUUUCACAUGUGGCAUAAUUCUCUAUUAAACUGGCUACACUUUGAAUCUGAUCAAACUGGAAACUAGAAAUUCUUACAUGUACCAAACACUAUGAAUGGAGUGUUUUUCCUACUAAAACCAGUGAAACUGAACACAUUCACUCACAAUGGGCUGUUUUUUUUUUUUUUAAAGGAUCCAAAUCUAUGCAACAGAACCAGAGAGAUUGUCUUUUUUAUUCCAUGCGCCUAAAUUACCCACAAUGCAACGUGGGCUACAGUGGUCUGGAAACUGCACCCAAUCAGAUUUUUUUCAUUUUUAAACAUGUAGCCUUUAGCCCCACCUGACACUGCCUCAAGUGACAUCACUUGAGGAUAUUGAUCAGCUUUCACACAGCUUCCACUGGAGACACUGAAGGUUCUCUAUGACUUUUUCACAUAUGCAGUAGUACUCCCCAGCACCUGGAAAGAGUUUGCCUUUAACUAAUCUUGCCAGCCAGCCUCAUACUGUUAUAGGACCCCCAAAUCCCCAAUAAUUGAAACUCAGCUGUAUACUGUAUCUUCAAACAAAACAUUUCAAUCUGACUAAACUAAACAGGUGUGACAGUUUUGUGCUAGCUAAACGGUGUGUUGAUUAUUUCUUGGAUAUUGGAAAUAUAAUCAUGCCUUUCCAGCAUUGACACAUUGUACGCAAACAGUGACGUGCUCCAUGCAGCAGCACGGACGGUGAGCAGCCAUUCAGCUCACAUCUUGGAUGACUGACUGAGUGGCAACAAGGCAGAGACUCUUAUCUUUGUAGAUUUCUUUAUUUCAAUGACACAAAAGGGCAAAUAAAUAACAACACAAAAAACAUCAUAAACAGCCCAGAAUUUUCCAACCGGUGCAUCCAUAUUGACCCUCUUAGUUGUAUAGGUAUGCUAACAUUUGCUAAUUAGCACAAUGAGUGCAAUAUUUCAGAGAUCGUGUAGAGACAUUUAAGUCUGGGCCAAAGUGGUGGACCACCGAGCUGCGCUGAUAGGUGCUUUUACCAUCAAAGCACCAAAGCUGCACACACUGGGCACUGCACUUCAUCUGCUAAAUGGACCAACUGUCCUAGUGAGUGACAGUGGCCGUCUGCAGGGCAGUGUGGCUGGAAAUGGUAAAAAUCACCAUUCUGAUAACUGAUUUUAUCUUUCAUAGAUACAGAUUGUGGCUUUGGGGCUCGAGCUCUGGCUGGCUGAACAAGGCUCAGUUACACUGAUAGAUAUGCUCUGAGAGGAAAGCCUCUGUGUGGAAGUUUUUCUUGUGAUUCUUUGUUUGGAGAUAAACAAUCUGAGUGACAGUUGGUGCAGUCUGUGUGUUGCUUUCAGUCCAUUUAUCGUAAGGGUUCAGUUUGGGACAAAGGAUUUCUUCCAAUGGCUGAAGGCAAAAGUGUCUCUAGCUGCACAUUCAGCCGCGAGGUGGAAAGCCAGCCAGUAGAGAGGGUUCGAUGCGUGAUGAAUUAUACCAAUGGGGAUACAGUUUCAAGGCUUUGAUAGUGUUGCAGUUGGUUGUUCAAAUGCAAAGAGAGGUUGAGAGAAUUGAGGUCAAAUCCUCCUUACUAAUUUCUUUCCUCUGCACACUGGACUAAUUGCUGCAUAAAGUGGCUGUGAUUGUCGGCGUCCUCUAAUUCCGUCAUUGGACAGGUGCUUAUGAAGGUUGUUAACUGAUCUGACAAGUACAUGUUUAAAGCACGCUGAAGACUUAAGAGGUCCCAGGUGGUAGAGGAAAAAAAUCUCAAUUCCUACACAGAAGGCUUUCAAGCUGCAGGAGGUCAUUUUUUAAAAUAUUCUUGGAACAUCCAUUUCUGGUAAAAAUACAGUUUGCGGAACUUUCUGGGAACGUUCUCCUGAACUAACCAUUGUGCCUUGAUUGCUAUUAAUCUUGUUUGAAUUCACAUUUCAGCUUGACAAAAUAUAAAAUAUAAGCUUUUAAAAGAAUAACCUUCUGAGAAUGUUCUGUAAAGGGCAUUUAAACUACCUUCUGGGAACAUUUCCUGAAGUUUACCAGUUUGCUGGGUAUAGAGCUGAUGGCCAGAGCUACUAAACUAACCCAAUUUAUAAAAAUCAGUAUUUCUUUAAAUACUAAAUUAACAUUAAAUCACUAAUAAAACUACACAUUUCUGCAUUUGUGACCACACCCUAAUCAGUGAUGUCACAAUGGGUAUUAGCCCCUGACAGCAUACUGAAAAAACUUGCUGUGAUGUCACUGACUGGAGUCGGGGCAGGAGUGCAACACGCUGGAAGGUUUUAACCCAUGAGUCAGCGCAUGCUUCUUUAUUUUUGUAUAGUAUGAACUGCAUAGCCCAACAUACCUUUAAUACACAACUGUGUUUCAUAACAUGCUUUUACUAUUAACUCUGUCCACUGUGAACUCAUCUAAAUGUAUACAUCACACAGGUAAAUGAUUGUUAAUGGCAGCCUUUCUGUGUAGAGGUUCUUAUUGGCUGUUCCUCAUAGUUCUCAGAUUUGAAAAAAUAUGCAAAUUUUUAUGUUGAUCAACUUCAUUUGAACGUCAUUUUAAGAUCCUUAUUAAAUAGGAAUAGGUUUUUCAGUCUUUUUUUCUUUUCUUUUUUUAUGUCAGUGUCAUAAAUUCUUUGUGACUCAGCGUAUUUAAGGAUUGUUCUAUCUCAUUCUGUUUGUGGGUUGUAUUUGAUCUACUGUGUGUGCCUUUAUGAAGAAAUAAGUUAAUUUAUUGAGCUAAUGGCUAUAGCCAUAAUGGUGUACUUGAUGUGGUUUGUGGAUAUAAUAAAAUAUAAGAUAUAAAAUGGAAGUUAAAAACUAAAAGUUUGAUCUUGUCUUACAUUGGGAGAAUAAAUCACUGAAAUUGUCAAA